AUGGCUUGGCGGCAUACAGCUCUGCAACAAAAUUUCUUGUUCUUUAUUGCGGCACGGCGCCGCCGGGGAUCCGAAUUAUUAGCAAGGCAGUGCAUCGAGAUGGGUGUAAAUCUAGAGGAAGUGGAUGUUCAUGGGCAGACGCCCCUGUAUUACGCCGCAGCGCGCGGCAAUUUGGUCAUAGUGAAAUUCUUGCUUAAUCUGGGGUUUGAAGUGAACUUUCGCGACAAGGCCAGGAAGACUGCUCUCUUCUUUGCCAUUGAGAAGAAUCACAUGGACGUGGUCGACUACCUGAUAGAACGUUCUGCCUCUACAUUAGUUCGGGCCUCCGACGGCAAGACGCCACAGUCGAUGCUCAAGGCAAUGAAUCACAAGGCCCCCAGCAGGAAAAGAGAGCGGGUGUCACCAACACCAACUUUCGUUUGCCCGGGCGCGGCAACACGGAGCCGUUUUGCUCAGUGGGAAUGGGCCGGGGCCCAGGAGGAGACUGAGCCAGUAUUUGAGAAAAAGGAGGACAACGUGCUCGUGGAGAACGCGCAGUACUACGUGUGUGCAUCAGUGACAGGGUGUUCGAAACGCCUCCGCCGCUCGGAACGGGAGUUUGUUGGAGAUCACGCACAUCUCCAUCAGCAAGAGACCUGGUACAGCAACUUGACUCCUGAGAAUUCUGCCGCGCUCGUGAGCGUGAGCAUGGGCGACGAAAAAGCACAUGAGAAAACCAUCGACGAGUUGGCGCAGGGAUCACGGCCUCGUGCCUUCACGCUGGCAGCAGUGUCGCAACAGACUCGCACACUCGCUGGUUAUGUGUAUGCAUCUUUCACGGACGAGACGUUGAAGAUCGGCCAAGUCAAAGUGGACCGCCCCCAUCAAGAACGGGGACUAGGCGGUCUGCUACUCAAAGCGGCCGAGAAGCGAGCACAGAACUUGGGAGCAUCCAUCUCGAAAGCGAAACUCACGGUCCUCGAAACCAACACAGGGGCUCAAAGAUGCUAUGCAAAGUCGGGGUUCAAGGUUACCACGACAUACUCGUCAAGUUUUCCACCGUGCGCUUGCGAAGCUAAGCGAAUCCCUUGCCACCAUGAGAAGAUCCGGUGGUACAACAUGGAGAAAGCUUUGCCUGACAACACGGCGGACUUCUAUGGGCUGAAGGCGCUCUACAGCUUCAUCGGUGGGCCCACGGUGCAGGCGGCCAUGAUGACGGGAGGUGGCACGGGCCUUUGGCUUCGAGGCCUCUGCCAUGACCUGGCGAAGGCGGAAGCAGCGGACUUCUCGGUAAACAGCCGGAGCCAUCGAGUCUAUGCGCGCCUACGCUACGGCCAAGAGUACAGCGGCGACUGGAUCGUCUCCUCCCCGAGGAACCUGCCACAUGUGCAGUACGAGCUCUACGAUGCCUGCCUGGCACGCGACCCCAUCACCGCGCUGAACAAGAUGGGUGCUGCGGGGUUCCGGCCCUGCGUGGAGCCGCCCACUGUGCCUGCUAGUACCUCGUGCCAGAACGAUGACUGGGAGAUCAUGCUGUACAAG